CUCUUCCGAUUUCUCAUUUGAAACUCCUUUUUAGCGCCAUUUGAGCUCGCUAACUCCAGACUGCGAAAGGAGUGAGAAAUCAGAGGAAUUAGGAUUCCAAAAUCCCUAAAUUAGGGUUUCAAAACCCUAUAGUCAUCAGAAUCUCCAACAUUCAUCUUCAUAUGCUUCUUAGAUUCGAAGAUUGGACGUCUCGGAUAUUGAUCUGAUGUCGGCAGCAAAAGGCAGCAGCAAGAGACGAGGAAAGGAAUCGCAACCCCUGCGAUCGGAUAAGAAAAUCCGAGAAGAUGAAGAUUUCGAUCCUGAUCUUUCGAACGAUAUCAAAGGGAUUAUUUCGGCAUUGCAGCAAAUCAGAGAGAAAGCGCAGCAAGAGGGGCAGAAGAAGAGUGAGGAGACAAUCGGAAGCAUUGCAGCAGAGGUCAAAUCUAUGCUGGAUGAUGCCAAGUCAAAACUUGAGAAGGAAAGGCAGAGUUUUGUAAAGGCACUUUCAAAGAGUUCCAAAGAGUGUGAAUUUUCUCUGAAGAAUGAGUCUGCGAAGUUCCAAGCAGCUUAUGAGAAGUUUGGCAAGGAAAAAGCAGCACACUUGCAGGCUUUUAAAGACAUUUUUUCCAAAUUUGAGGAUGAAAAGGAAAAGCUGUUCGUCCGCUAUCAACAACAGCGGAAGAGAGAAAAGAGUAUGCUAUCUGAUCUUGAGAAAGCGUGUGCAGAUAAGAUAGCUGCUGCAGAGGAGUCGCUGAAAAAGAAGAAGCAGGAUGGCAAGUCUUUCAGCAUUCUGCGAAAAUCUCUCGGCUCAUUUCUGGAAAGUGCAUCCGAUGAGGACUUUCCACCCGACGAGGAUUGAACAUUCCUCUUGGGUCUGUGCUACUGAAAUCUUUCAAUGGUUUUCUACUGUAUAGAUGAUGAACUGAACAACCUUUAUCAUCAUCAUAGCAAAGCAGCUCUCUCUCGGCUUACAAUUUCUCUAACUCAGAGAAAUCCUUUAGCAUUUUGUUCUGUAAACAAGCAGAAAAAUACUUGUCUUAAUUGAAUUUGAAAUGCUGCUCCAGAUCCAAUCCUA